AUGGCUCGGAACACCAGCGACAGUCAGCCACUGGAGGGGACUAAACUGAUGGGAGCUCCCCACAAAUCUCCUUUCCCAGACUCUUGUCAGUAUUUGACGUGCCCGGUGACUCCACCCCCGGGCUCGUCCAUCACUGACCAGUGUGCUACUGUCACUCAUGAUGUCCAUGAAAAGAAGACAGAAAGUCAUCCAACCCCACCUGAUGGAUUCUUGCCAAAAGCUGCUGCGACAGAAGUUACGAACACGGCAGGAGCUGGUAUUCCACCCAACCAACUGGAUUCUCCCACUGAUGACUUCACUAAAGAUGGCCUGAUUCCCAAACCUGGCAGUAAUUCACUUGGAGGAGGAACCAAAAACUGCAGUGGCUCUGCAGGUGACCCAAAAGGCCCAGCAAUGUCUUCACCAGGAGCAGUGCCAAAUACAUUGCAAAUAAGUCCUGCUGUGGCAAAGAAAAUUAAUGAUGAGAUAAAAUAUCAAUUAAUGAAGGAAGUUCAGAAGUUUGGGCGAAAGUAUGAAAGGAUUUUCACUUUGAUUGAAGAAGUGCAAGGACCUCUUGCAGUCAAGAAACAAUUUGUUGAAUUCACCAUCAUGGAAGCUGCAAGGUUUUAAAGAGGUGUCUUAAUUCAGCAACUUGAGAAGGUAUUAGAAAAAAUAGAAUCCUGCCCCCAUCUCAAGAAAGUUAACCACCAGGAAAGAAAAAAAAAUGUGUUCUUGCAAAGACCAGUGAGAAACAAGGAUGAACUUUCUAUGCAAUAUGAUGGAAUGAGAUAUUGCUGA